GUCAAACUAUAAAGCACAAUUUAUAUUUGCACUACACUGGCUACUAUCUGAGGGGUUUCUCUGUCCCAGUCUCUGUCCUAGACAUAUUCCUCUUUGGUUCUAUAUAGGCUGAGCUCCAAGAAGGAUUGUGUGAUGCUAAUAACGUCCAAGUCCAGGUCCUCCCUCUGUAUCUGUCCCAGAGAAAGCCUAAUCCCGUUAGCUGUGCUUUCUCAUGGAUAAUCCCUCCACUUCCCACCUGGCCAUCCUUCAGUCUCAGUCUCUCUCUGGGAUGACCAUCUUCUGCUGAACACUGCAGCAUGUUUAGCUGGGUGAUAAAGGUUGUUCCCCAGCCUCCAGCGUCUCCUGGGAAACUGGGAGAGGAGGACCAGACCAAUGCUUCCACUGCAGCACCAGCGAGUGAUGUGACGAAAAAAGAGCAAGUAAAACAAGAACCUUCCAAUCCAACGGAGGAGGUCUCAGAGGAAAACAGCUCUCAGAGUGGGGUUUUGAGUUGGCUCUCUCAUGGAUUCAGCAGUGCUCUCCCUCAGCCAGUAAACUCCUCUAAACUGGCCAACAGUGAAGUUAAGCAUGAGGGAAAUGCAGUGAGCAGCAGUAACACAUCAGAUCAGGCUGGAAUGAUAGGCUGGAUCGUGCAGGGACUGGGAAAAGUGGUUCCACAGCCAGAUGAGAAAUAUAAGGGUCACACAGAGCCAGAGGAGGUCACUGAGCCUGCAGUUCCAGUGGUUAAAGUGGAUCCUCCAGUGCAAGAUGUCAAAGACGUUCGUGAUGCUGAGCCGCUGCCUCAUAUUCCUGUGGUGGAGGUUGUGUCUGAUGAGGACCCAGACGCUGCUAAUGUGCCCUUCUCUCCCAGAGUAAUAGAAUGGAUUAAGCAUGGUUUUGAGAAGGUAGUUCCACAUUCUCCUGUCCAUCUUCGUCCUCCCGCUGCUACAGAGGCACCUGCCCAAAAGGCUGCUUCUGCUCCUGUGACUCCCUGCAAACAAGAGCCAGCACCUGCACCUGCACCAACACCUGCUCCUGCACCUCCACCAGCACCUGCGCCUGCACCUGCACCUGCGCCAGCACCAGCAGCUCCACCUGUUGCCCCACCCGCACCUGCAUCUGCACCUGCAGCUCCGGAGCAACCUAAAGUAGCUGAGGAUUCCAAAGGCACAAAUAUGGUUGGCUGGUUUGUACAGGGGUUCGGACGCAUCAUACCACAACCAGUAGUGAAACCAAAAGAGGGCAGCUCUGACAUCGUUCAAAACGUCUGCAUCCUGCAGGACCCGUGUGAUAUGGUGCUGGAGGAGGUGGACUCAGACUGGGAAGCCCAGCAGAGGGAGCAGGGCUCAGGGCAGGACGUCCUGGCUGAGGAGCAGGUGCCACAGGAGGGUUCAUCUCUGCUACAAGUGCAGCCCAAUAUCCUGCCGCACAUGCUGUCCCUGCAGGAGCAGGAGGACGCAGAGACCCAGACUGAGCGCUGGACACCUCUCAUUGAGAGCAUCAAGAAGGAAGCAGAGGAGACUGCCAUAGCAAACAUGGAGGAGAGACUUCAGCAGGAGCGUGUGGAAGCGGCUCGUGUGGCGGAGGAUCUGGCCCGGCAGGCUGCAGAAUUGGCCGUCAGACAGUUGGAGGAAGAGCACACCACACAGAUCAUCAUCGACACGAAAACCGAAGAGCUGGACAAUGAGGAACAACUGCCAAAUAUCCAGGAGGAAGAGAAUGAAGAAGAUCCGGAGUUACAGCCGCUCGGUGAAGAGAGUGGGGAGGAGAGUGAGGAUAGUAAGAACACAGAUGCUGAUGUGAAAAGGAGCCUGAUGGACGUCUGCCCGGCGGAGCCCUCACCACAUGGUGAGUCUGAGGUUUCAGAUCAGGCACUACAAGCAGAUCCGGUCUCGCCGCCCGUGACCACUCAGCCUCAGCGAGCCACAUCUUUACCUCCUGAUGCUGACCAGGAAGAGGAACCUCCAGAAGAAGGAUGUGGAGAAAGCUCCCAUCUGAAGCCAGCACUGAAGGUGGAGGACGUGGAGGAUGGAGAGCUGACCAUUCCCAAAAUCAUCGUCCCCUCAGAGUUCGACUCAAUGACCCUUGCUGUUCCUGUAACAAAUCUGAUUUCUCACAGCAAAGCUGUGGAUUCAGAAAUGCAGGAAGAGAUGUUUCCUGGUGAGGAAGACGAACAAGACCUGAACAAGUCUGAUCUACUUGCUGUAGAAGAAGGCCUUGAGCGUCCUGCAUCUGCAGCCAGCCAGACAAGUAUUGUUGUGAAUGAGCGUCUGCAGGAGCUGGUCAAGCUAUUUAAAGACCGCAAAGACCGUGCAAAAGAGAGGCUGGUUGAUCCAGACGAGUCUGAUGAUGAAAGCCCUUCGGCAUCUCCAGCCAAAAAGCCUGGUGAAGCCCCACCUCCACCACCUCCUCCAGAGGAAAAGAAAGACGACGAGGAGAAGGCAGAAGAGGAGGUGACAAUCUAUGAGUUUAUGGGAUACAAGAUCCCAGUUCCCCAGUUCAGAAUGCCCCAGAUUCCUGACUGGCUGAGAGUCAUACUGGAAUACCGUUUCCCAUCCAGCAUUGAUCCCUUCACAGACUUGAUCUACGUGGUGUGGCUGUUCUUUGUGACACUCGCGUGGAACUGGAAUGUCUGGCUGAUCCCUGUACGCUGCACUUUUCCGUACCAGACGUCUGAGAACAUUCACUGGUGGCUGCUGAUGGACUACUUCUGUGAUGGCAUUUAUAUUCUGGACAUCUUCGUUAUGCAGCCCAGACUGCAGUUCGUGAGAGGAGGGGACAUUGUGUGUGACAAAGAAGCAAUGAGAGACAACUACAGGCAAACAGAGAGAUUCAAGAUGGAUGUGAUCAGUCUCUUUCCACUGGAUUUGCUGUAUGUCUUCACAGGCGUCAAAUCGCUCUUGAGGUUCCCUCGUCUUCUAAAGUACAAUGCAUUCUUUGAGUUUAAUGAUCGUCUGGAAGCUGUGAUGAGCAAAGCCUACAUUUACAGGGUGAUCCGGACGAGUGCAUACCUGCUGUACUCUCUGCACUGUAACGCCUGUAUUUUCUAUUGGGGUUCUGACUAUGAAGGACUGGGUUCCACUAAAUGGGUCUAUAAUGGCAAAGGAAACAGUUAUAUUCGCUGCUACUACUUUGCUGUGAAGACUCUGAUCACCAUCGGAGGUUUGCCGGACCCCACCACUGUCUUUGAAAUCGUCUUCCAAAUGCUCAACUACUUCGUGGGAGUCUUUGCUUUCUCCAUCAUGAUUGGUCAGAUGAGAGACGUCUUUGGAGCCGCCACUGCAGGUGAGGCCUAUUACAGACACUGUGUGGACAGCACUGUCAAAUACAUGAGCUCCUACAAGAUCCCCCGCGAGGUCCAGAACCGCGUCAAGAUCUGGUACGAUUACACCUGGAAGUCGCAAGGCAUGAUGGAUGAGCAGGAGUUACUCAUACAGCUGCCAGAUAAGAUGCGUCUGGACAUCGCUGCAGAUGUCAACUACAGCAUUGUCAGUAAAGUGGCGCUCUUUCAGGGAUGUGACAGACAGAUGAUAUUUGACAUGCUCAAGAGGCUAAAAUCUGUGGUGUACCUUCCGGGAGAUUUUGUCUGUAAAAAAGGUGAGAUCGGACGAGAGAUGUACAUCAUCAAAGCUGGAGAGGUGCAGGUGGUUGGAGGACCUGAUGGGAUGACGGUGUUUGUGACCCUCAGAGCUGGCUCUGUGUUUGGGGAAAUUAGUUUGCUGGCGGGUGGUGGUGGGAACCGACGAACAGCUAACGUAAAGGCCCAUGGUUUUGCUAACCUCUUCAUCCUGGAUAAGAAGGACCUGGCAGAGAUCUUAGUGCACUACCCCGAGUCCCAGAAGUUACUGCGCAAGAAGGCCAAGAAAAUGCUGACCAAAGAUAAGAAGCCUGCAGAUGAGAAGGGCCAGGCUAAAGAGACGGGUGAGGUCAUCCCUCAGCGGCCGGAGACACCCAAACUAUUCAAGGCUGCACUGGAGGUUGGAACAGGACAGACUUUUGCCAAGCUGAAGGAGGCAUAUAAGGGAGCAACUCUAGAGCCGUCCUCUCCCACCUCCGGCAGGACCUCCACAGCUCCAGUCCCCCCUCCGUCACCCAUGCACCGCCGUUCACCCAUUCCCCGGCCUCGCAUCCCAGAUGAGGAUGACAUGGUAUCGGAGACCACCGACAGCACCAUGAUCAUCCGCAUGACUCCCCGUGUCGAGGGAGAGGAGAUCUUAUCUGUGGAAGUCAGUCCUGGAGAGGGCAUGGAGGCGAAGCCGGAAGAUCCAAGCAAAACUACUGACAAGUGAGAGAGAGGAAGAGGGCAAGGACAAAGACCAGAGUAGGAGUAGGGUAGAAAGCCUCAAGAAAAGCCCAAUGCAUACAUCCCUCGUCAUGCUGUCUGAAUUAGUGUGUUGAUGAAAGCCCUACACAUGUUCUUCAACCAGGUCAAGCCAAACAGGUUUUCAAGAUUCUUGCAAAAACUCUUUGGAGACUCUCUAACCAGCUUUUCAAAAAGAAACCCGUACUGUAAGUUCCUGCAAGAGAACUAGGCUUCCAGUAGUUACCAUAAGGUUUUGAGGCAUUUGAAAGAUGAUACAUUUAGUCCUGGAUUGUUAAGCUUUCACACUGUCAUUUUUAACACUGUUUAGAUGUCAUUUAUAUGUUUUUGGUCCAUGUUGUGCUCAUAUUUCAGUUGAACC